AUGUCGGAUCAGGGUGACCAGGCACCAUCUCCAGCCGUCUCUCGCUCUUCUUCCCUCUCCCCUACUCCAGCCAUCUCCUCCUGCCCUUCCCCCGACCGCACUUUUUCCACCGUCUCCUCCAUCUCCAACUUCUCCGGAGAUGCCAAAUCAUCCAUAUCCACCUCCUCGCGCAGACGAGGCUACAUUCGUCCCCAGGCCGUCGAGUUCGCACAAUCCGCAAGGAAUCGUGAGAGUGUCAUGAGUCUAGGCAGCAUUGCCCAUUUGCAAUAUUACUUUGCGAGAACAGGCCUGCUGGAUGGCAAGGGUGGGCAGUUCGCCAAGGUGGGGACGAAGAAGGAGGAGCAGCAGGAGAUUCCCAAGCUCAUGUUGACCCCGCAGCCACAGCUAGGCGGGGAUUUGGUUGAGAGUCCCAUUGACGAUAAUAUGGCUGGUUGCGAGGAACUUGGGGACGAUGGCUGGGAUGAGAAUGAGCCAGUCAUGUUACCUCCCACGGUCAGUACGUACAGCAUCCGCAACCACUAUAUACCUCCCCCUCCAGAUUUAGAAUCCUUGAGGAGAGAUCUGCAAUCUGCCUUGGAAAAGGCAAGGUAUGUGUUAACGGCGGCGAAGGAGGAAUUAACUCCUCAAUUGCUCUCUCCAAAACCAAGGGACCGUUCGCCAGAUGGGCUAUCCGACCCAGAGGACGAUGUGGCGUCGGAAACACCUACGGCAUCCAGGUCUCCAUGUGGUUGGCAUGAGAUUGAGGGUAUGCAUAUUUUGGAUAUAGUUACGCUCGCCAUCCGUGCGGCGAAGAUAUACUAUACCUCUCAUGAGAAUCCGGAUCGCUUAGCUUCGAUUAAGAGUGAGCGGAAGAUACGGGAGGAGCUACUCCAGAUUUUGGAUGUGUUGAAACGGUGGGCUACGAGGAAUUUUGCGGGCGGGUUGAAGGAGGAGGAGCGGUCACGGAUUUUGGAGUGGAUUACGGGAGCGGGGGAAAUGCUUGAUGAAGAGGUGAAACUUGAGGAGAUUGAAUUGCAGAGGCGAUCAAGCUUUACCUGGGCAAAUGUGGAGUGGGAUGGUAGAGAGCACGAGCAAGCGGGAGCCUUCCUCCAGUUUCUGGAGACGGGCAAACAACAACUGCCCGCCUGGGACUGCGCGGAUAACACCCCCCUUCCCUCACCACUUCUAGAACGUCUUAAGGAUGGCAGGGACCUGAUACGAUUUCACAAUCGGGCUGUCAAGCUCUCACGACGUCGCUUUGGUGAGAUCAAAUCGUGGCAUGAAGACGUGGGUAAACCGUAUCGCCUGGCGGAGAACCUGCGGUAUUGGAUUAAAGCUGCUGAGAUCCGGUGGGAGAUCAAGCUUGAUGUGGACGUGAUGGCAGUGGUCCACAACGAGAGCGAGGAAGCGUGGAAGAAAUUCGACACUGCACUAAUGACUUGGUGCAAAGGGGUGAGAGAAGAGUUGGUGCGCGACUUCAAGGAGCAGAGGUCACAUUCCACGACAUCCCUGCAAGCUACAUCAUCUCCAGCUGUAGAGCCCGCCACGCUCUUGGUGCCGGGGCUCGGGAUUUGA